AUGGGUGCAACAAGAACCGUAGAAUUACCCCCUACGCCCACCGGGGAGGAGCGCACCACAGAGAUGACCAACCUUGAAUGGGCAUUGCAAUUCGUAAAGCUCAAGAUCCAAGAAAUGAUUUUCAAUGGCCGCAAGACGGACCAAUGCGGCGUCAUCCUUUUUGGCUCAGAAGAGACGGACAACAUCAUUCACGAAAAGAAUGGCGGAUAUCAACAUGUCUCAGAAUACAUCCCUAUCACGCAGCCCAACUCGACCACACUCGCCAAGCUUGACGCCCUCCAGCCUUCAGAGAACUCUGGAGAUCCUAUCGAUGCCCUCAUCGUCGGCAUCGAAACACAAGACAUCUACCUCGAGAAGAAGCGCACAUGGACGCGUAAAAUCGUCCUCGUGACAGAUGGCCAGAGUCCCAUGGAAAUUGAGGACUGGGAGGCAACUGUUAAGAAAAUGAAUGCCCUGGCUAUAUCUUUCACUGUCAUUGGUAUCGACUUUGAUGAUGACGAAUUCCCAUUCCACGAGGAGGACAAGUCUUCUAUCAAGGUUGAAAACGAAGCAUUUUACCACAAGCUCACCUCAGCCCUUGACAACGGCCUGGUCGGAACAUGUGCCUUUGCUCUCCAGGAAAUCGCCAGACCGGACAUCAAACAAACCAAAUCCGCACUUAUUGGUACCGUCCUCCGUCUCGGCGACGUCGACGUCCGACCCGAUGAAGCCAUUGAAAUCCUUGUCAAAGCCAGCAAAUGCACAGCCCUCGCACGCCCCAAGAGCUGGAAGAAAUUCGGCCGACGCGAAAAAACUGACGACCAAAUGCAAGUUGAGGAGGAGGAAGACAUGGCAGUUUUCGCGCAGCUGAAGAUGCGCACAGAAUACUACAUCGAUCACUCAGCCCAGGAAGGAGAAGAACAGGAAAAGAUGGAUACGGGUAGUGAUGAUGAGGAGGACAAGGACAAGAACCUCGAACAGGUGCAGAAGGAACAACUCAUCAGGGGCUUCAAAUACGGCUCCACGUACGCUCCGUGCCCUGACGGACAGUUCCCGCGUUUGAACACGAGAAAGGGCAUCGAUAUCUGCGGGUUUUUUCAUGCGAAGAAUUUCCGCCGGGAGCUGGCGAUGGGGGAAGUUCAAUAUAUCUGGGCAGACCCCGGUUCACCACAGCAGCAGGUCGCGCUCUCGUCCAUUGUACAAGCGAUGUACGAGAAAGGCGUGCUCGCCAUCGCGCGCUGGGUGUCCAGGGACGGCAUGGACCCAAAGAUGGGCGUUUUAGCACCAAGCGUUGAUACAAAUAUCGAUUUUCUACUGUGGGUGCAGAUGCCCUUCGCAGACGACGUCCGGAAAUACACCUUUGCCUCGCUCGAGAACCUUGUAUCAAAAAACGGCGAAUCAGUGGCCAAGCACCCCUACCUUCCCACAGAAGAUCAACUCGAAGCCAUGGGGAAAUUCAUCGACUCUAUGGACAUCAUGGAUUCAGGGGAGACAGACGAUGAGGGGAAACCAGUCCCAUGGUACGACACCCGCCAGUCGUACAACCCCGCUAUCCAUCGCACGAAACAGGCGCUUUUCCACAGCGCAGUGGUGAACGACGUUGCUAGCAACCCCCUUCCUCCACCCCAUCCGGAACUCCUUAAAUACAUCAACCCUCCUCGGUGGGCCCUCAAAGAAAGUAGAGACGCAAUCGCAGAAUGCAAAGCAGCGUUCAAAGUCAAAGAAGUGCCCAAGAAAGUGGUCAAAGUUCGCAAAGAUGGUCACGUCCGCGCCAUGGACGAAGAUGAAGACAUGCUUCUCCUCGACAAAAAACCAGCCCCGUCGCGCAAAGGCAAAGAACCCGCUGCCUCUCAAGUACCUGUCUCACCCAAACUUGCACAACCAGCCAAGAAACCCACCACUUCAGACUCAGAGACGGAAGAAGAAUCCGACCAGGAGCCCCUACUGCUCGAAAAGCGGCCCUUUAACGCGCUGCCCACUCCAGAACGCUCGAUGUCGCCUGACGUAGACCCUGGUCGUUCGCCUGGCCGUAUCAUCGGUUCGACCUACCCGUUGCGCGAUUUCAAGACAAAUCUUGCACAGGGAGACGUGGUGACGAAGGCUGUAGAAGAUAUGGGCGUCACCAUCAAAGAGGUGGUGUUGAGGCCAUUCGCAUCGAGGCGGCAUACAGAGAUGAUUGAGUGUAUGAUAGCCAUGCGGGAUACGUGCUUGAAGGAGGAUGAGAUUGAUGCUUGGAAUGCUUUCCUGAAGGAUUUGAAGGAAUCGUGCCUCAAGGAGGCAGGAAACCCCGAGUUCUGGCAGGAAGUGCAAAACAUUGGGCGCAGCAUCAGUCUCAUCAGUGCGCCCGAGGCAAAGAAACUGGGGGGCCAUUCUGAGUUUUCCGAGUCUGCAUCUGAAGCAGUAAGUCGCUGCUAA